AUGCACGAGAGGUUGCCUCGAAUAAGACAGGAAGUAAAAAAGAGGGAAGAAUUAGUAUCGGAAAAGGAAAGAAGAUGGAUACGGCUCAGAAUCCUGGUUCAGACCGUUAAAAAAGCCGACCCUCCUAAAUCCGCUUCGUCCUAUCUUGACCCUAACUACUGGAACCAGCGUUCUCUAGAAGAACACUACGAGUGGCUCAAAGAUUAUUCUCAUUUUCGCCAUCAUUCAAGGCCAUAUCAGCCCAAUUCCUCAGUGCUGGAACUGGGGUGUGGGAACUCACAGUCUGAAGAGCUCUACAAGGAUGGUAUCACCGACAUAACGUGCACUGAUUUGUCAUCUGUUGCAGUGGAGAGGAUGAAGGAAAGACUGCUGUCUAAGGGAUAUGAAGGUGUAAAUAAAGUCCUGGAAGCAGACAUGCUAGCUCCCUUUAACAACGAGUCUUUCGAUGUGGUAAUUGAGAAAGGAACCAUGGUAAACUGAUGAAAUCCAAGAUGAAUUCUCUUUUACAUAUACUGAAGUUUCAAUUUGAUUUUCUUAAUCAUAUAAUUAAAUUCUUCUCUGACAAGUUAUGUUUAAAUGCUUUUAUUUGAAGGUGUUCAUAAAGUUUUGAAACCCGACGGCAUUUUCAUAUCUAUUACUUUCGGCCAGCCACAUUUCAGGAGACCUUUCUUUCAUAAUGCCAAAUUUUCAUGGUCUGUCGAGUGGCAUACUUUUGGUGAUGGAUUUCACUAUUUUCUUUAUAUUGAGGAAGGUUAAAGGACAUUAGAUGGUGGAGAGUCCAUCAAAAAGAUCGAGAUGCCACCAAUUUCUCUAUAUCAUGAAGAAUUAGAGGGUGAAGAUUAUAUUUUUCGAACCAAUGUCGACGAGUUAGAUAGUUAGCUAGCAGAAGAUGAGGUUGAAAGAAGGCAAAAACAUAAUCUUGAAUACCGUAUAUCUGUGCAACGUUUACAUUAGUGGAAUGGGAUUUAUUAUCUUGAACUGUUGCCAGUGAUUUUGAGUCCAGCUAGCCGUGUAGCCUUCCGAUUGUAAACUUGAUCGGUUUGAACCUUGUCCCAAGUGAUGUUGCUAUUGUAACGAAAAUGAGUUACAGCUAAAUGUUGUUGCCUCUGCAAUUUUUGAGCAAAUGACUGUGUACGUGUUUCUGUUGUAACGCAGGCUGCAUCCAAUUGUGCUUGUAUAGCUCAGUCAGAUC